UUCUUUAUUUCUUUUUUGUUUUCUUCUUGAGGGCCAACUAUGAGUCACAAGGUUCCAUGAGGGAGAAGUCACAUAGAAACUUGACAGUGUGGCAUCAACACCAGGAAGUCCAAGGUCAUCACUGACCACAGCAGCAUGGCCCUUAGUGUGAGCCCCGCCCCUGAGAAAUCUCACAGGAAGGAGAUUGUAAUGAUUGGCUGCUUCCGGCUGCAGCCACAGCAAACUCUAAGGAUUCUGAUCAUGUUAAAGGGCCUAGAUCAUGUCAUUGAUCUGAUCAAGUAUUGGGAGGGCAAGAGAUUGGCUUCUGGUCUGCAGGCAACCCAGGUCCAUCCUGCUCAGCUUCUCCUCCUCCUGCUGCUUCUCCAGUUCCAGAAAGGGCAUGUAGUUUCACAAAACAGCUUAAUCCCAUCGACGGUGAAUGGAGUUCUGGGGGAGUCAGUAACUCUUACCUUGAAGUUUCCUGAAGGAAAGAAGGUCAGUGCCAUCACCUGGCUUUUCAAUGGAACAUCUAUCGCCUUCAUAAAUCUAGAUGAAGCCAAAAGUCCAUUCAUCCAAAUGACUGAUCCAAAAUGGAAAAAGCGACUGAACUUUACCCAGUCCAACUCCUUGCAUCUCAGCAACCUGACGAUGGCAGACACAGGAUCUUACAGUGCCCACAUGACCACAGAGACCUCUGUAACACUUUCCAGCUACACUCUGAGGGUCUUCGAGCGGCUGCCAAGGCCUCGAGUUACAGUGGAUUCCAUCAUCUAUGAGAAGGGGACCUGUAAUGCCACCUUCAGGUGUUCUGUGGAGGAAGGAGGAGAAAACAUCAUAUAUGGGUGGACACCAGUGGGACCAGGGACUGUCGUGUCCUGGGUGGGAUCUUUCCUCAGUGACUCCUGGAGCCUUUCUGAUCUGGAUUGGACCUAUACCUGCACAGUUCGGAAUCCUGUUAGCAACAGCAGCUCCACUCUCAUCCUUCCUGGGCAGCUUUGUGCAGGUUCCAAGGCAACUGAAGGCACCUAUUGCCCAGUGAAAUGGAUUUUCCUGGGGAAGGGGCUUCUUCUCCUUGUGUUUCUAGGGGUUCUAGGAACUUGGCAUAUCCAGACACAGGUGCUCAGCAAACCCCUUAGGUCUAACUCAGAUUGACAAGAGGCCACCAGUGCUCAAAGAGAGCCAGGCUGUGCCCUGAUGAGUCCAUUAUUUUUCUGUGGCUCAAUUAAAUUACAUUUAUGGACCUGUACUCUUUUCAAGAUGUAGUACUAUGAAUUGUCAAAGGCUAUGGGACAAAAUUUCAUGUCAUGUACAUGAACAUUUUAUAAUGAGGAAGUUUGGGCAAGAAGAGAUAAAAUAACUGCAUGAAUACCAUGUUAUCUAUUCUAAGACUAUUUUUUCUCCAUGAUUUAAGGUUUCUGAAAUCAAGAUAAGUCAUAAUAUAAAUGUGUACAGCUAAAAGGGAUAGUGCGUUUUUCUUCUGAAGUACCACUAUUAAACUGAUACUGCUUUUAAAAUUCAAUGAUGUCUUCUAUUGGUGGGAAUGUAAAUUAG